CCUCGGUUGGUGUUGCUGCAAGCGGGUCAGACGUUUUGGAGAACACCAUGCAGACGGAAAGAAUAACGAUAGUUCUAUUCACUUUAUUCUUAUUACCCUCAGGUCAAGCGCUGAGGUGUUAUGGCUGCACAGGUCACGACCCAUCGAAGCCUUACAAUGUCAUCAGCAACAAUCCCGCAUGCGCAGAUGGACAAUUUGAUGCCACCAAGUUACAAGUGUAUUCAAGUAACAGCAAUCGUUUCGUGUGUUACGCGAUCACAUACACCAAUGGCGCGUCGCAGGUGACCCAGCGCUACAUGACGGACCUGACCAGCUCCCGCGUCGGCGUCGAAAGAACAACCAGAACGACAUUCAAAGGUUAUUACUGCCCCGACGAACUCUGCAAUAGCGAAGACACGAACGCUGGCGCCCUCCCUUGCCUCGCCGCGCCCUUGCUGCUGCUGCUGACUUGCCUGUGCUCUCUUCGCUGACCCUGGACUGAAA